UGAUCAUCGAGUCACAUGACUUUGUUUUGGCGAAAAUGACAGCUAGCGUUACAUCAUCUACUAUAUAUUUAUGUACUGUUUUUAUUGUUUUAUUCAAUGUAUAUCUUGCAUUUCACCUUUGUUUUCAUUAGUUGUGUCAAAUGUGUAAAGGGACUGUACGACAAGACAGUCCUGUCUGGGAUUUCUGCCUAACAAAAGGCCAUAUUAAGGGACGCUGCUGUUUUAGAAAUAAUACCAGCAAUGAAGACACCAUUAUAGGGUUGGACUUGGCAAACUGCUCUAUUAGUCAUGUAGAGCACCUUUUACUAUCCUCAAAACUGGAGUGUCCCGGAGGCAAUUCAUCAUGGGAGAAGGUUGUAAACAAUGCCAAAAUCUGCGAAGGACAGAUAAAUAUUUGCAAUCAGACUGCACAGAUGUCCUGGGAUUGCCCUGAAAACUCAUUCUGCAGCCCAUUUGGACCAGGGUUCUUUGAGUGUAACUGUCUGCAUAAUUUCCAUGGAUACAAGUGCAUGAGACAGGGCAAGUUUCCUAUAGUUAAGGUACUUGGGAUGCUAACCGGAUCUACAGUUGUGGUUUCAUCUUUACUCUGGUUCACACAAAGACGAAAGGUCAAGAACACUUGAGUUUUAAAGAAAACUGACACUUGGACUGACAGUGGAGCCACAAAAUGCAUCAAGCUUACUGAAAAUGGUGCAGGAGACACCAAAGAGUGUCAUACACUGGACAGUGUGACCCAUCUGCAGAACAUUUGAGUUUCUUGUUUUUAUGCUUGCCAAAAGCAGGGUUUUUUUUUUUUAUUAACUUUCCUUUCCUUUAAUCCUCAAAGUCCUUAA